AUGGACGCCGCCCGCUUUCGCAAGUACAUUCGUGUGACAACGCAGACGACCGUUGAGCAGCUCUUCGACAUGGUUCAACAGAACAUGAACAAGCGCUUGAGCGACCAGGAAGUUGACGAGAUUGAGCUCUGGCCUGAAGGCGAAGAGCAGUUUGAGUCCUUCUUGGUAUCGAAGGACGAUUCGCUGAAUUGGCAGUGGUGUGUUACUGAGCUCGCAAAGGGGCCGGAGGACAAUCUCGUUGUGGAGGGAAAGGUGAUCCUCUGA